CGUGGAACCAGGGGGUUCUGUUGGUGUCCUGGCCAGUGUCCUGCUUGACGAGAGGCCCCUCUGCGUUCAGGAUGCGGUGGCGGGACCGUGUGGCUGUGCUCUUCUUCCCCCAAGGCAUGAUGCUCACCGUGGCUGCACUUCUGCUCUUCUUCAUCCAUCUGGGCAUCUUUGCCAGCGACCUGUACCACUUCUACAUCACCCACCACUACGACCGCAUGAGCUUCUACUACACGCCUAUCCUAAUGUUCUCCCAGGUGAUGAGCGUCUGCUGGGCUGCCAUGGGAUCUGUCUAUGCUGAGAUGGCAGAUGAUAAAUAUUUCCAGUGCUUUGCCCUAACCAUCUUGAUACUCAAUGGAGCCAUGUUCUUCAACCGCUUGUCUCUGGAGUUUCUGACCAUUGAGCACCGGCAGGAAAGUCACUGA